UUUUUUUUGAAAACAGACACAUCUUUUAUACCGAGCACCCAUUCAAUGAUCCUUUGCUGAGGCUCCUACUCUCCUGGAACACCUCUCCAACCAUCAAUGACCGAGUCGAACCGCACGGCCAAAGCAGCUCGUGUCCGUGAUAACCAGCGGCGAUCCCGCGCAAGACGGAAAGAAUACAUUCAAGACCUCGAGCAACGGCUGAGAGCAUUUGAAAAACUCGGUGUUGAGGCGACCUUAGAAGUUCAAGCCGCCGGGAGAAAGGUCGCGGCGGAAAAUGCAUUGCUGCGGUCUCUGCUGAGGAUUAGAGGUGUUACGGAUUUCGAGGUGGAACAUUAUUUAAGGGCACAUCGAAUUACACCGGGUUCUGAAAUUUCGGUGGCCGCAUCCCCAUCUCUAUCUCAGAGCCCUUCGGAUACAAUAGCCAGGCAAUCAACGGAGGCCUGCCGCUCGAAAUCGGCGGAUAUUUGCCCAAGGCCAGGCGAAUUACACUUGGUGAAAGAGGGGAAUGGACGUCACCUAGCGCUGCAAGCCCAACCUGCCAGCCAGGAUCAUCCAAGACACAUGUCAGAGCCUGCGGGUCUGGCGAGGCGUGAAGGAUGCUGUGCAGAGCAACAGUGCGUAGGUGAACUCGAUACAGGCCAAGUCACCUCGUGCGAAACCGCCGCUAGAAUCAUUACGAUGAUGCGAGGACAUUUAGAUCCGCAAGACGCGAGAGUAGAGCUGGGCUGCUCUACUGAAACAAGCUGCAUGGUGAAGAAUAUGACCAUUUUUGACUUGCUUGAUAGGUGACACAUUUGAGUCUGAGGUACCAUAUGCUACAAUAUUGUAUCACCCGUAUUCAAUGCUCAAUGAUAAUACAACAACCACACUUCGGUGGUUCCAAAAGCC